UCAAAGCCUCGCCAAACCCCAGCCCUUGCUUAACAAACACAGUGCCAAGCGCGCCCCAGCGUCGACACCGUCGCCGUGCUGCCCUGAUCUCCGUCAUUCCUCUGCGCGUCCGCACUGGGCAUAGCUUCCUCCCUUUAUCCAGAGCUUUUGUAGGAAUCUCUAACUAGAAUCUCAUUGUUGGAGAAUCAAGUAUUGCAUGGAAAUAAAGGAUUCAAUAGAUGAUAUCCCAGUUCAAGAUCCUGCAGAUGAGGAGUUCUCUGCUGCUGAUUUAACUUGGACAAAGGUUGGAAAUGAGCACCAUGUUGAUGAUGUAGCUUUGAUUCCGUAUGCUCGGGUUAAUGAUUUCAUAAAUGGUGAAUGCUCCAUUGCGGAGUGCCCUACUCGAUUUCACAUUGAAAAAGGAAGGAAAAGAGAAAGGGGUAGCUUGAAGGAAUAUAAAAGUGAUGAGUAUCUUAUGUAUCGGCUAUACUGGUGUUCAUUUGGUCCUGAGAAUUAUGGAGAGGGAGGGACUAUCUUACCCAGUCGGAGGUAUAGGCUUAACACAAGGAACCGUGCUGCUCGACCACAGUCCAUGCGGGGUUGCACUUGCCAUUUUACUAUUAAGCGUCUGUACACUCGUCCUUCGGUUGCACUUAUUAUAUAUCACGAGAGGCGCCACAUUAAUAAGUCUGGAUUCAUAUGCCAUGGACCGCUCGAUAGGGAUGCUAUCGGCCCAGGUGCCAAGAAGAUCCCGUAUAUCUGCAGUGAAAUCCAGCAGCAGACAAUGUCCUUGAUUUAUCUAGGAGUCCCUGAGGAGAAUGUGUUGCAAACACAUAUAGAAGGAAUUCAACGUUAUUGUGGUUCAGAUGCAAAAGUUAAUACCCUCGCUUCUCAGUACAUACAAAAACUUGGAAUGAUCAUUAAGAGGUCUACUCAUGAAUUAGAUCUAGAUGACCAAGCUAGCAUCCGUUUGUGGGUUGAAAGGAAUAAGAAAUCUGUGUUCUUUUACCAGGAUUCUUCAGAAACAGAUCCUUUCAUUCUUGGGAUCCAAACAGAGUGGCAGUUGCAACAGAUGAUUCGUUUUGGUCAUCACAGUAUUCUAGCUGCAGACUCAUCAUUUGGCAUUAGCAAACUUAAGUAUCCACUAUACACACUCCUUGCAUUUGAUUCGAGACAGCAUGCCCUUCCUGUUGCAUGGGUCAUAACUCGGACCAUCACCAAGGAAGAUGUCACUAAAUGGAUGAAAGCCCUUGUAAAUAGAAUUCAUUCAGUGGAUUCAUGUUGGAGGAUUAGCGGGUUUAUAAUAGAUGACCCUGCUUUAGAAACUGAUCCAAUCAGGGAUGCGUUUGGUUGCUCUAUUCUUUUCUCUUUAUGGCGGGUUCGAAGAUCAUGGCUAAGAAAUGUUGUCAAGAGAUGCAGUAACACUCAAGUUCAGCGAGAGAUUUUCAAACGGCUCGGGGAAAUAAUUUACACCAUCUGGACCAGAAAAGAUUCCAAGGAAGCUCUGGAAGAAUUUCUGCAAGAUUUCAUUGACCAAAUUUCCUUCCUGCAGUACUUCAAGGCAUUUUGGAUGCCAAAACUCGAGAUGUGGCUUUCAACUGUGAAAAAUCUCCCCUUAGCGAGCCAAGAGUCAUCGGGCGCAAUCGAAGGAUAUCAUGUGAAACUCAAGCCAAAAAUAUAUGAUGACUCACAGCUUGGGGCAUUGCAGCGUGUUGAUUGGUUAGUGCACAAGCUGACAACUGAGUUACAUUCCAGUUAUUGGCUAGAUCUCUAUGCAGAUGAAAGUGGAUCUUUCCAAGAAGUGAAAGAUGAGUACGUUUCAUCCACGUCAUGGCACAGGGCGUUACAAAUUCCCGACAAUGCUGUGAUAUUUGAUGAUCGAAAGCAUCUCUAUGCAAAGGUUUUAAGCCAGAAAGACAACAGCCAGACAAGAAUUGUAUGGAAUCCAGGGUCGGAGUUUGCAUUCUGUGACUGUUCCUGGUCCACGCAAGGUAAUCUAUGCAAACAUGUCAUAAAGGUUAACAUGGUAAGUGAAAAUCUCAAAGACUACCGGCCGUCAUUGUCGUACCUAGCCUUCCAAGAAAUUCUGCUUAAUUUGUGGAGAAAACCAUUGGAUGAUUCGGUUGCUCUUGAUCAGUCGAUGGCUUGGGCCACUCAAGUGCAGGAAAAAAUUGUGAGAUUGGUUGAACUAACUACUACUGAUGAUAUCACUCGUGUAGUAAAACAGUUGCCAGUAAAGUGGGUGUGCCGGAAGAGAAGAACAUCGGUUGGCAAGCCAUCUGGUACUACUGCACUAUCGAUUGAACAGUUAACUGAAAAUGCUGCUAAAAAAAAGACAGCUUCCCGGAAAAAGACUCGUAAAAGGAAGAGGUUAUCAAGAUUUUAGGGAUGGUUUGCUACUGUCAUUGUUUUCUAUAGCCUUAAUUGAUCAAAUGUAUCUGUUUUCACAGAUUUAAGCGCCAAUUCACACUUUAGAGCUGUACAAAUACAUUUUGAAGCUGUUAUUUGUUGCUGAUAUUGCAUUUCAACAAGAAAAUCAUGUGUUGGUAACUUGGUACUCGCAUGAUAAU